AUGAGCUUGUACAACAUUGCCAGAUCCCUCCGCGCGCAGCCUGUCAAUGGCUGGGCCCGCGCGACUUAUGGCCUCCGCCGGUACUCGAGCGCUGUGGGCACCGGUCUACCGCUUGACGGUGUCCGCGUCUUGGACAUGACCCGCGUGCUAGCUGGUCCUUACUGCACGCAAAUCUUGGGAGACCUUGGCGCUGAGGUGAUCAAAAUUGAGCACCCCGUUCGCGGUGAUGAUACAAGGGCAUGGGGUCCCCCAUAUGCCCAGCCCAAGGCCGGCUCAUCCUCAGAGGGGCCGGGCGAAUCAGCUUAUUUCAUAGGGGCAAACCGAAACAAAAAGUCGGUAGGACUCUCAUUCCAACAUCAGGAAGGAGUCGACAUUCUCCAUAAACUAGCUGCCAAAUGCGAUGUCUUGGUCGAGAACUACCUGCCCGGAUCGCUAAAGAAGUACAACAUGGACUACGAAACUCUUCGCAAAAUCAACCCAGGUUUAAUUUACGCCUCCAUCACUGGUUAUGGCCAAACCGGCCCAUACUCCAGUCGGGCCGGGUACGAUGUCAUGGUUGAGGCUGAGUUCGGUCUGAUGCACAUCACUGGCGAGCGAGAUGGGCCGCCCGUCAAAGUUGGCGUGGCUGUAACCGAUCUAACCACCGGCCUCUACACCAGCAACAGCAUCAUGGCCGCGCUUCUUGGACGGGCAAAGACCGGACGGGGCCAGCACAUCGACGUGGCUCUGAGCGAUUGCCAGACGGCAACAUUGGCCAAUAUCGCGAGCAGCUGUCUCAUCAGCGGGAAGAAGGAUUCGGGGCGAUGGGGCACGGCUCAUCCCUCCAUUGUUCCAUACAAAGCCUUCCCGACCAAAGAUGGCGAUAUCCUCUUUGGCGGCGGCAACGACCGCCUGUUCGGGGUCCUCUGCGACGGCCUGGGCGAGCCUCAAUGGAAGGACGACGCUCGAUACAAGACUAACGCUGACCGAGUCGCACAUCGCCAGGAGCUCGAGGGCAAGAUCGAGGACGUUACGAGGCGGAAGACUACACAGGAGUGGCUCGAGGUCUUUGAGGGCAGGGGCAUGCCAUAUGCCGCCAUCAACGACGUUCAGGGCGCACUGAACCAUGAGCACACAAAGGCCCGCAACAUGGUUGUGGAAGUCAAGCACGAAACCUGCGGCACUAUCAAGAUGGUCAACACGCCCAUCAAGAUGUCCGAGACUCAGCCUACCAUCCGAAGCGCACCUCCGACUUUGGGAGAGCACACCGACGAGGUGCUUCUAGAGCACCUGGGGCUCAGUCAAUCCGAGGUUUCGAAACUCAAGGCAAGCGGUGCCAUCGCAUAA